AUUCACUGCGCGGCGGCAUUGGUUGUUAUUUUCUGGAAAUUACGAGAGCGAAGCUGUUAAUUAUUUGUAUUCGCUAAAAAAAAUAUUCAUACAAUUGUGUUUUUAUAUCGAGAAAUAAACGAAUCGUCUUAGUAGCUUGCUAAGAAAAAGUCGCCUAAAAAUGUACGUCACCGUGUGCCGUCGCUAAGUAACAGGGCCCAGCGUCACGAAAGCUAGUGCAAGUUAAUGUUUUUAAUGCCCAAGAUGGUGCCACAUUUCCUGGUUUUGCUGUUUUCCUUGACUGAUGGGCAAACUGUUGACAACAAAACUGUCAUCCCAAACCAAGUGUACCAGCCGCUGGGCACCUGUCCCUGUGACUUCACUGAUAGAAUAUGUGAUAUCCGCUGUUGCUGUGACAAGGACUGUUCAACUGAAGAAUUGAAGCUCUUUGAGUCUCACUGCCUCCCGGGACCCUUUGGUGGACAGAUCUCUCAAGUGCCAGACUAUCACUGCUCUGCACGGAAAGAAGACUCUCCAGAUUGGUUUCCAUUUUUAUGUGUCAUCUCUCCACCCGAAAACAACCCUUAUCUUGGGCUCUUCUACCAUGGAGAGGAAAUAUUAACAAAGCCUCGCACAUCCUUCAAAAAGCCUAGUUUGUCAGCACCGAUACAAGUUGAUAUCUACCGCCAGGGAAGUCCCAUUUUCACUCUGAACAAUCAGUUGUUCACUAUUCCUCAGAUGGCCCUUGGACAUUGUAUUUACAAUGCUCCGGUUGCCUUUUUGGAGAAUUUUAGCUACAAAUGUGUAACCCUGCUUCAGUCUUGUCCAGCUGGUUACCCUUUACAAACGCUUCCAUCAGAUUUACAGAUUCGAGUGAACAGUGGGCAAGGGGGUGAAGUCACAGUGGAAGUGAUUGAUAAAUUGGUUAAGGAUUUGACUGGAUUCAUACCAAGUGGCGAAUCAGGUAUUACAUCAGCCAAGGCACAAGAGUGUGAAAAUGUGAACCUGGCUUUGGAUUACAAAUUCUUCUGGAAAGGAAAUAGCAUCACAAGAAUAAUACUGACUCGCUCUGUCGGGGCAAUCAGUGUGAAUGGUAAGGUGGUCUUAACUACAAGGUAUUCUGCUGUCUUCCUGUCUGAAGAACUUAUGAGCGAAUCAAACUCCGGCAACCCAGGUUAUCAGGUGGGAAGACUCAUCAUUGCAGGAAUUGAGGACACACAAAGUGGUACUUUCUCUGUGGAGAGGACAUCCAUCAAUCUCUGGAAACCAGUGAAUGAGGGGCUGUGUUUCACCGCUGAGAAACAACCAAUUCUAUUUGCUGAGAAUUCAACAUCAGGAUGCCUAUUGCCCGUCAACAUGAACAACAUGAGCCACUGUGAUCUCCUCAGAAAGACUGUUCAUUCUCUUCAAGCAACCUUGGUAACAGCCAUGUAUGUUGCUAAGAGUGGGAACCCAAAUUUUCAAACCAAAGCAGACUGGCUCAACAUAAGCUUUAUGAACGCAAGCGAAACAUCUGAAGAUGGAAAAGGCGGAUGCAGCGAGAUUCCAUCUCAUAUUUAUAUCCACAUUUGGACUUUUGUCGCUGAAAUGAUUGAUGGAAAUGCCCAAAGAAAUAUCCAAACUAUAGAAGUUCGCUCCACUCUGUCCACCUGGACAUUUGAGUUUGGAGGAGGGGAUAUCACAGAGACCCAGUUGUUUCCUGUCACCUCUUCAGUUACCUUUAUUGACAUUCCUAUCAACGCUGGACCUCCAAAAAACAGAUUCCAGAUCAACUUUACAGAGUAUGAUUGCAACAGGAAUGACGUAUGCUGGCCUCAGCUCGCCUUUCCCUUUACCAAGUAUUACACUGGUGAGCCACAUUCUCAGUCACUGGCUAAAGGCCUUAUCUUGGUAUUCCUACUCAUCACUGCAUCACUUCUUGGAACUCCCUGGAGGCAAAUCCGGCAGGCUUGGAAUAGUGCCUCUCUGUAACCAAGGAUUCUUUGCACUUCUGUAGGAAAAUUAGAUAGCUGUGUAAAUAGUUUCUGUAUGUAUUUAUGAAGAACAAACUUUUAUAAUUCCCUAAGGGUAGCUUUACUUUUUGCAAUUUGUACAGUAUACAAGGCACAGCCCACAAGUACACACAGGCUAUGGACUUGCAUAAAUAAAAGUCAUACAACAGUGA